CCGCGACGCGUUCGGAUCGCGCGCGGCGUCACGAACGCGAUGCCGCGCUUCACGGAGAAGGAGAUGCCCGCGGAGGACUGGAGCGACGCGGACGUCUUCGAGAAGAACUUCUACCUCGAGCACCCCGACGUCUCGUCGCGCGACGCCGCCGCGGUAGCGUCGCACCGCGCGAAACACGCCAUCGCCGUCUCCGGGCGCGACCCCCCGUCGCCGAUCACCACGUUCGAGGAGGCGUCCUUCCCGGACUACGUCCUCUCUGAGCUCCGCGCCGCGGGGUUCCCGACGCCCACGCCGAUCCAGUCGCAGGCGUGGCCGACGGUACUGAGCGGGCGCGACGUCGUCGCCGUCGCGGAGACGGGCAGCGGCAAGACGCUGUCGUUUUUGCUCCCCGCCGUCGUCCACGUCAAUGCGCAGCCGUACCUGGAGCCGGGCGACGGCCCGAUCGCGCUCGUCCUCGCGCCGACGCGCGAGCUCGCGGUGCAGAUACAAGCCGAGGCGGCCAUCUUCGGCGCGAGCAGCAAGAUCAAGAGCGCGUGCGUGUACGGCGGCGCGCCGAAGGGGCCGCAGGUGAGCGCGUUGCGGGACGGCGUCGAGAUCUGCGCGGCGACGCCCGGGCGGUUGAUCGACUUCAUCGAGACGCGCGCGGUGAGCCUGCGACGCGUGACGUACUUCGUGUUAGACGAGGCGGACAGGAUGCUAGACAUGGGGUUCGAGCCGCAGAUUCGGAAGAUCAGCGACCGGAUACGACCGGACCGGCAGACGUUGCUGUUCACGGCGACGUGGCCGAAGGAAGUGGAGGGCGUCGCGGCGGAUUUCUUGCACGACCCCGUCACCGUGCGCGUCGGGGACGCGAGCCUGAAGGCGAACGUGAACAUCGCGCAGAGCGUGGACGUGAUGGACGAGGACGAGAAGUACGGGAAGUUGGUCUCCCUGCUCGAGCGGCAGUUGGACGGCGGCGGGAAGAGCGCCGAAGACGCCGAAUACGCCGCCGCGUCGCCGCGACGGAUCAUCGUCUUCCUCGCCAGCAAAGCGAAAGUAGACGCGGUCACGCGGCGGCUGCGAACGGACGGCUUCCCCGCGCUGAGCAUCCACGGCGAUAAGUCGCAGGAAGAGCGCGAGUGGGUCUUGGGCGAGUUUCGCGCGGGGACGUCCCCGGUGAUGCUCGCGACGGACGUGGCGGCGCGCGGGUUGGACGUGAAGGACGUCCGAUGCGUGAUCAACCACGACUUCCCGUCGUCAGGCGCGUCCUAUCUCACACUGGACUACGUGCAUCGCGUCGGGCGGACGGGACGCGCGGGCGCGCGCGGGGAGGCGCACUCGUUCUUCACCUCCGCGGACGCGAGGCACGCGAAGGCGCUGUGCGCGCUGUUGCGCGACGGCGGGUGCGCGGUUCCGGACGCGUUGGCGAGGCACGUGGAGGCGUCGAGUCGGCUCGCGGACGGGCUGUCGCGGGGGUCGCUCGGGGGCGGGGGGAGGGGGGGUGGAGGGGGCACGUAG